CACUGUUAUUCCCAUCGUCUUCCCCACUGAAACAAUCCCAACGAUCCUUCCCCAUUCCCCACAGUUCACACCUCACUCUCUGAAUCACUGAAAAAAUGGGAAGCAUAAACAACAAGGGCAGACUAUUUGGACCUCAACACCAUACAACGCCCUGCACCCGCACUCACCAGAUCGGUGCCCUAGCCCUCAUAAUUGUCACCUUCUUCGUCACCAGACUGUUCGAUCAGUCAUCAUUGAACUCUUGCUCCUACUUUUCAUCUUUCAGUGAUCAAUACGGGUCCAGGAACGACGUCGUUCGGUUCUCCGGCGGUGGAAGUGGAAAUUCCAUCUCGUGGCCCCACAGGGGGUAUGGGUCCCACCUGUCCCUGAAGAUCUACGUCUAUGAUGAGAACGAGAUCGAUGGGAUCAAGGAAUUGAUGUACGGACGGGACGGGAAGAUCUCGGCUGGGUCUUGUCUCAAGGGCCAGUGGGGAACUCAGGUAAAAAUACACAGGAUGCUUUUGCAAUCGAGAUUUCGUACCCGGAAGAAAGAGGAAGCUGAUCUGUUUUUUGUGCCGGCUUAUGUUAAAUGUGUCCGCAUGAUGGGUGGUCUCAAUGAUAAAGAGAUCAACACUUCUUAUGUGAAGGUGUUGAGUCAAAUGCCCUAUUUUAGGUUAUCUGGUGGACGCAACCAUAUAUUCGUCUUUCCAAGUGGCGCUGGAGCUCAUUUGUUCAGAUCCUGGGCAACCUAUUUGAAUCGUUCGAUUAUUCUUACUCCCGAGGGGGACCGAACAGAUAAGCGAGACACUAGUGCCUUCAAUACAUGGAAAGAUAUCAUCAUACCUGGAAAUGUUGAUGAUGGGAUGACUAGUCAUGGGGUUAGGCUGCUCGAGCCUUUGCCUUUAUCAAAGAGGAAGUAUUUAGCGAACUACUUAGGUCGAGCACAAGGGAAGGUUGGUCGUCUUCAGUUGAUAGAGCUUGCAAAGCAUUUCCCAGACAAGUUGGAAUCUCCAGAGUUGAAGUUUAGCGGCCCUGACAAACUGGGGAGGACAGAAUACUUUGAACACCUCCGCAAUGCCAAGUUCUGCCUGGCUCCGCGCGGCGAAUCAUCAUGGACGCUUCGCUUCUACGAAUCCUUUUUUGUGGUCUCUCUCUCUCUUUCUCAUGCACGCACUUACCCUCAUUCACUCACAUACUACCAUGUUGGGGCUUUAAAAUCAUACAACUGUUUUUGCUUAACAGGAGUGUGUGCCAGUGAUCUUAUCAGAUCAAUCAGAAUUGCCUUUUCAGAAUGUCGUUGACUACACCCAGAUAUCAAUCAAAUGGCCAUCCACUCGAAUAGGUCCCCAGCUUCUGGAAUACUUAGAGUCAAUACCAGAUCAAGAUGUAGAGAUGAUGAUUGCCCGGGGUAGAAAUGUGAGGUGCUUAUGGGUUUAUGCUCCGGAAUCAGAACCCUGCUCUGCAUUCAAUGCAAUUAUGUGGGAACUGCAGAGGAAAGUGAGGCAAUUCCACCAGUCGGCUGAGACAUUCUGGCUGCACAAUGGAUCUAUAGUUAAUAGAGAUUUGUCUGAAUUCAACAACUGGAAGCCACCCAUGCCUUUACCUUGACAAUGGUUUGGAAGAUUAUUUGAGUCCCAAUACUGUUUAUUUGCAGUUGUUUCAGAUCCAUUUUACUUUAACCAAUUUUCUUAUGCCCUCCAAUCUCAUUUUUAUCGUCUUGUAUCAAGUUGUAAAGAAUUUUUUCGGCUAUACAGAAUUUUUGUUUCCUUGUUACACGCAGGUAAUGUAUACAGAAAAAUGAUACCAGUAUGCCAU